GCCUCCAGCGGCAAUGCGUCGCCGCGCAUGGAGCAGUGGCGCGCCGUGCUGCGCUCCCGCGCGGCCGCGCAGAGCGAGGUCGACCUCCCCGCCAGGCGCCAGAAGAUGGAGGGGGCCGAGGUCCCGAUCGAGAGGCUGCAGUUCGGGGCGAAGCGCAGCGAGCUCUGGACUGACGGCAUCGCGGACACCAGCGAGAACAUCAAGCUCGAGGUGCUGGUGGCCCACGGCAUGGACACGAUCCUGGCGGACAUGGUGCAGCCGACGACGGUGAAGAACUACGCGGGGACUCUAUCGGCGAGGGAGUCUGACUGGGCCCGGGCCGCGAAGCUCUACGGCAAGCACGACGUGGAGACAACCAACGCCUUCCAGACGAUUGUCAUGCGCACGCGCGUGCGCGUGGCCGAGGCGAUCAUGCUGAUGUCGCUGAAGGAGUUCGCGGACCGCCCGAUGAAGCUCAAGCGGCUGCUGAACAUCGAGCGCGAGCAGCUCCAGGAGGCUGGGUGGUGGGAGGAGGUGUUCAUCGGCUUGAGGGCCCGCGUGGACGAGGCUGCGAAGUGGGUCCGCAAGGCGGGGACCUCGGCGUAG